AUGGCGGCCCAAGUGUUCGGGACCUCUACGAGUGUUCUUCCAACUAUCGCCAUGCCGACUAAAGAAAAGUCCCAGGCGAAAGAGUCUGUGGAGGACAUACUCUAUGGAUCGGUUGCCGGCAUCAUGGGCAAGUAUAUUGAAUAUCCAUUCGACACGGUCAAAGUCAGGCUUCAGUCGCAACCCGACCACCUCCCAUUACGUUAUACCGGCCCACUCGACUGCUUUAAGCAAUCAAUCAAACAAGAUGGAGUCCUGGGUCUAUACCGCGGAAUAAGCGCACCUCUGGUGGGCGCGGCGCUCGAAAACAGCAGUCUGUUCUUUUUUGAACGACUGGGUCGGGAGACCAUAUACAAGACAGGAUAUUGCCCUCGGGACCAGGACCUACCUCUGCCAGCCCUAUGGUUCACCGGAGCCUUUUCAGGCGCCUUUACAUCGUUUGUCUUGACUCCGGUCGAGCUUGUCAAGUGCAAGAUUCAGGUACCCGCGACGGUCAGCACGGAUGGCAUGAUACUCAAGCCGCCAACCGUGGCAUCUGUGAUCAAGGACGUCUUUAAGCACGAGGGUCUUGCCGGCUUCUGGCACGGUCAGAUGGGAACAUUUCUUCGAGAGUCUGGAGGUUGCGGUGCAUGGUUCGGCUUCAAGGAGACCACCUCAAAACUCUUUCGUACUUGGAAUGAGCGCAGUCUUACCUCGCAAGCCGAGAAGGAUGCAUUGCGAGCAGAGCCUCUGCCGCUAUGGCAACAAGCCGUUGCCGGCGCGACAGCAGGCAUGUCUUACAAUUUCCUAUUCUUCCCUGCAGACACAAUCAAGUCGCGAAUGCAGACCAGCGCCGUAGGUGGUACUGCUGUGAAGAAGACAUUUAUGGAGGAAGGGAAAGCAUUGUGGAAACAGCACGGGUUACGUGGCAUGUAUCGAGGAUGUGGAAUCACCGUCCUGCGAUCCGCACCCAGCUCGGCGUUCAUCUUCAUGAUAUAUGAUGGUCUCAAAGGGUAUCUACCCUUAUGA